AUGGCGCCUCUCAUCAGAAUCAUCGGCUCGCUCAACGCCGACAUGGUCUCGGUGACGCCACGAUUCCCCAAUGCUGGAGAGACAAUCACUGCUACGUCCUUUACAACAAGUGCCGGUGGAAAGGGAUCAAACCAAGCUGUUGCGUGCGGUCGACUGUCCCGCAGGAAACCAUCGUCGACAGGAGCAGCGGCCUCGUCGACACCGGUAAACGUUGAAAUGGUCGGCGCUGUUGGGAACCGAGACGGACAUUUCCAAGCGCUCCUUCGCCCGACACUGGAAGAAUCUGGGUUGGGAACCUCGCGGAUCCGGGUGGUAGAUGACUACACUGGAGUUGCUGUGAUUAUCGUCGAUGAAUCAGCUGGAGGAGAAAACCGCAUUCUUUUCUCGCCGGGGGCCAAUUACUCGGGCAUGCAACCGAUCCCCGAGGUGAUCCAGACAGGAUUGGCAGCACCAGUGCCGGACAUCAUCGUCAUGCAAGGAGAGAUCCCAAUUGAUACGGUCAUUGGCAUUCUGCGAGAUAUCAACCAGUUCAAACAGAAAAACAGGGAAGCUGGCAGGAAAGGAAUUGAGAGCGGACCAGAAGUGAUGUUCAACCCGGCACCGGCGCCACCGGAUGGCCUGCCUACGGACGUUUAUGCGGCAGUUGACCACUUGAUCAUGAACGAAACAGAAGCCGAGUUGAUGGCACCCAAUGACCAAGAGCUGCUCCGCGUUGUGCCGGGAGCUGCGGAUGCCAAUCGACGAGACCAAGUGGCUCGGUAUUUCCACCAGCUCGGCGUCACUUUUGUCCUUAUCACUCUGGGAUCCAAGGGGGCAUGGUAUAGUGCCGGCGAUGCAGCUGCUGCUUCUGGUGAAAACCAGACGCGCUUUACCAACGAGAUCCCGGCAGCCCAGGUGUCUCGGGUUCUGGACACCACGGCAGCUGGAGACACGUUUGUUGGGGGCUACGCAGUGUAUAUCGCACGAUGGCGAGAGCAGCGUCGACUGCAGGGCAAGGCUGCAGUAGAUCUUGCGGCAGAUGAGAAGAAGGAGCGAUAUCAAGUGGUCAUGGACGAAGCCAUGAAACGAGCUGGACGUGCAUCUGCGCGCUGCGUGGAGAGGCAGGGUGCGAUGGAUAGCAUUCCUUGGGAAGAUGAGAUUUGA